UCCCUACGCUUAGCAAUCAUCAACUUCCUCCUCCUCUUGGCAGCCUUAGAGAUCCUCUUCCGGGGCAGAGGUCGCCCCGCCCCGCCCCUCGUCUCCUCCAAGAUGGCGAGUGGCGGCAGUGGGGGGGUGUCAGUGCCUGCGCUGUGGAGUGAAGUGAACCGGUAUGGCCAGAACGGCGACUUCACGCGCGCUCUCAAGACCGUCAAUAAGAUACUACAGAUCAACAAAGAUGAUGUAACUGCCCUGCAUUGUAAAGUGGUAUGCCUUAUCCAGAAUGGAAGUUUCAAGGAAGCUUUGAAUGUCAUCAAUACUCACACCAAAGUGUUAGCCAAUAACUCUCUCUCCUUUGAAAAGGCAUAUUGCGAGUACAGGCUGAACAGAAUUGAGAAUGCCUUGAAGACAAUAGAAAGUGCUAACCAGCAGACAGACAAACUGAAGGAGCUUUAUGGACAAGUGUUAUACCGUUUGGAACGCUAUGAUGAAUGCUUAGCGGUAUAUAGAGAUCUUGUCCGAAACUCUCAAGAUGAUUAUGAUGAGGAGAGGAAAACAAACCUUUCAGCAGUUGUUGCAGCUCAAAGCAAUUGGGAAAAAGUGGUUCCAGAGAACUUGGGCCUCCAAGAAGGCACACAUGAGCUGUGCUACAACACUGCGUGUGCACUAAUAGGCCAAGGCCAGCUGAACCAGGCCAUGAAAAUCCUGCAAAAGGCUGAAGAUCUUUGUCGCCGUUCUUUAUCAGAAGACACUGAUGGGACUGAGGAAGACCCACAGGCAGAACUGGCCAUCAUUCAUGGUCAGAUGGCCUAUAUUCUGCAGCUUCAGGGUCGAACAGAGGAGGCUUUGCAACUUUACAAUCAAAUAAUAAAACUAAAACCAACAGAUGUGGGAUUACUAGCUGUAAUUGCAAAUAACAUCAUUACCAUUAACAAGGACCAAAAUGUCUUUGACUCCAAGAAGAAAGUGAAAUUAACCAAUGCAGAAGGAGUAGAGUUUAAACUUUCCAAGAAACAACUACAAGCUAUAGAAUUUAACAAAGCUUUACUUGCUAUGUACACAAACCAGGCUGAACAAUGCCGCAAAAUAUCUGCCAGUUUACAGUCCCAGAGUCCAGAGCAUCUCUUACCUGUGUUAAUCCAAGCUGCCCAGCUCUGCCGUGAAAAGCAGCACACAAAAGCAAUAGAGCUGCUUCAGGAAUUUUCAGAUCAGCAUCCAGAAAAUGCGGCUGAAAUUAAGCUGACCAUGGCACAGUUGAAAAUUUCUCAAGGUAAUAUUUCUAAAGCAUGUCUAAUAUUAAGAAGCAUAGAGGAGUUAAAGCAUAAACCAGGCAUGGUGUCUGCAUUAGUUACCAUGUACAGCCAUGAAGAAGAUAUUGAUAGUGCCAUUGAGGUCUUCGCACUAGCUAUCCAGUGGUAUCAAAACCAUCAGCCUAAAUCUCCUGCUCAUUUGUCCUUGAUAAGAGAAGCUGCAAACUUCAAACUCAAAUAUGGGCGGAAGAAGGAGGCAAUUAGUGACCUACAACAGCUAUGGAAACAAAAUCCGAAAGAUAUUCACACCCUGGCACAGCUAAUUUCUGCUUACUCACUUGUAGAUCCAGAGAAAGCCAAAGCUCUUAGUAAACACUUGCCAUCGUCAGAUAGUAUGUCUCUAAAAGUAGAUGUUGAGGCUCUUGAAAAUUCUCCUGGUGCUACGUACAUUCGGAAGAAGGGUGGAAAAGUUACUGGAGAUAGUCAACCAAAGGAGCAAGGACAGGGAGAUUUGAAAAAGAAGAAAAAGAAGAAGAAGGGAAAAUUGCCUAAGAAUUAUGACCCAAAAGUUACCCCAGAUCCAGAAAGAUGGCUGCCAAUGCGAGAAUGUUCUUUCUAUCUGGGAAGAAGGAAAGGUAAAAAGAAGGAUCAGAUUGGAAAAGGGACCCAGGGAGCAACUGCAGGAGCUUCAUCUGAACUGGAUGCCAGUAAAACUGUGAGCAGCCCACCCACCUCCCCAAGACCUGGCAGUGCUGCAACAGUAUCUGCCUCUACAAGUAACAUCAUACCCCCAAGACACCAGAAACCUGCAGGGGCUCCAGCAACAAAAAAGAAACAGCAACAGAAAAAGAAGAAAGGUGGAAAAGGUGGCUGGUGAUGAGAAUAUUCUUGUUACAGGCUGUUUUUAAACUAGUCUCAGUGACACUAGGAAUAUAAUAAAGGUAACACAGCAAGAAGCACAGAACUGCUCCCUCUUCAUCUCCAUAUUUUCAUAAUUUCUUGUGUUUCAAAUAGGGAAACAUCUUCCUCAAAGUCUGCCUAGUGAGAUAUGGCCUACUGGUUGCCUCAUAGCUUUGUACAGAUUAUGAGGACUGAAAAUAAUUGGGCAUUUACCCAUCAUGGUAUCUGUUGUAUCCUUUAUUUGUGUGUGCUGAUUCAAUCUUUUUUCAGUUUCACAUACCUUAUCUAAGGUUUCCCAGGAUUUAAACAGAAACUAUUUCUACGAUUUCAGCUGGAGUCUGAAGAUACUUGUUUCUGUUCAAGUCCCACUUUAAAUUAUGUCUUAGGAGGCCUUAGGAGACUGAAAGUGGAAUCUUCUGAGCAUUCCUAAAUAUCUGCUUAGAAAUAUCAUGUGAUAAAGAGGGACCUUCUUAAUACUUAACUGAUGUUCUUCACUUAAUUAAAUGGAUGGCCACAAGAAAAAUAAAGUAAAUGUCUUAAAUAAUUUAACCAUAAA